AUGCAGAGCAGCCCCUCCCCUGCUCACCCUCAGCUCCCAAUCCUACAGACACAGAUGGUGUCGGACGGCAUGACAGGCAGCAAUCCUGUGUCCCCUGCCUCAUCCAGUUCCCCAGCCUCUAGUGGGGCAGGUGGCAUCUCCCCCCAGCACUUAGCUCAAGAUUCUUCUCUAGAUGGACCUCCAGGCCCCCCAGACGGUGCCACAGUGUCCUUGGAGGGACUUGGCUUACCCCAGCCUGCUGAUCUGGCUAACAAGGGCCCAAAGUGGGAGAAGAGCCAUGCUGAAAUUGCAGAGCAGGCGAAGCAUGAGGCUGAAAUUGAGACUCGGAUUGCUGAGCUCCGAAAGGAGGGUUUCUGGUCACUGAAGAGGCUACCAAAGGUGCCAGAGCCCCCCCGUCCCAAAGGCCACUGGGACUAUCUGUGUGAAGAAAUGCAGUGGCUCUCUGCAGACUUUGCCCAGGAACGCCGCUGGAAACGGGGUGUAGCCCGUAAGGUGGUGCGCAUGGUGAUCCGACACCAUGAGGAACAGCGGCAGAAAGAAGAGCGGGCCCGUAGGGAGGAACAGGCCAAGCUGCGCCGAAUUGCCUCCACCAUGGCCAAGGAUGUCAGACAGUUCUGGAGCAAUGUGGAGAAGGUGGUGCAGUUCAAGCAACAAUCUCGGCUCGAAGAAAAGCGCAAAAAAGCUCUGGAUCUGCACCUAGACUUCAUUGUGGGACAAACGGAAAAGUACUCGGACCUUCUGUCACAGAGCCUCAACCAGCCUUUAGCCUUCAGCAAAGCUGGCUCCUCCCCUUGCCUUGGCUCUUCCCACACUGGCUCAGCUGCUUCCAGUCCUCCUCCCCCUGCUUCCCAACUGGAUGAUGAAGAUGGGGACUUCCAACCCCAAGAGGAGGAAGAGGAUGAUGAAGAGACGAUUGAAGUUGAAGAACAACAGGAAGGCAAUGAUGCAGAGACCCAUAGACGUGAGAUUGAGCUGCUUCAGCGUGAGGGUGAACUGCCACUGGAAGAGCUGCUCCGCUCUCUGCCCCCUCAGCUGCUAGGAGGGCCUUCCAGUCCCUCGCAAACCCUCUCAUCUCAUGAUAGUGAUGCCCAAGAUGAGCCUGAAGAAGGUGGUGAAGAAGAGCCCUCUCCAGUGCUUAAGGGGAAGCGCCCACUUUCAUCUGUCACACAGUGCAACAGCCAGCCUUGGCAUCCAGAUGAAGAUGAUGAAGAGUUUACUGCCAAUGAGGAUGAAGCGGAGGAUGAAGAAGACACCAUAGCAGCUGAGGAGCAGUUGGAGGGGGAGGUGGAUCAUGCCAUGGAGCUGAGCGAGUUGGCUCGAGAAGGAGAGCUGUCUAUGGAGGAGCUACUGCAGCAGUAUGCAGGGGCCUAUGCUUCUGAUACCUCUGCCCCAGGCUCUGGGAGCAGUGAGGAGGAAGAAGAAGAGGGUGAGGCUCUCAGCUCUGACUGUGAACCAGAGGAAGGCACAGAAGCUGCAGAUGCUCCUCAGGAUGAUAGUAGCAGUCAGUCAGACUCUGUUGAGGAGCAGAGCGAGGAUGAGGAAGAUGAGCAUUCAGAGGAGGAAGAAACAAGUGGGAGUUCAGACUCAGAGGAAUCAGAGUCUGAGGAUUCUGAGGAGACCCAAUCACAGAGUCAAGCAGAUGAGGAAGAUGAUGACGACUUUGGGGUGGAGUACCUGCUUGCCAGAGAUGAACACAGUGAGGUAGAUGGGGGCAGUGGGCCUCCUACUCCAGGACCCACCACCACUCUAGGCCCUAAGAAAGAAAUUACUGAUAUUGCUGCAGCCGCUGAAAGUCUCCAGCCCAAGGGUUAUACCUUGGCCACUACCCAGGUUAAGACACCUAUCCCCCUACUGCUGCGGGGCCAGCUCCGCGAGUACCAACACAUUGGAUUGGACUGGCUGGUUACUAUGUAUGAGAAGAAGCUUAAUGGCAUUCUUGCUGAUGAGAUGGGGCUGGGCAAGACCAUCCAGACAAUCUCUCUGCUUGCUCACUUGGCCUGUGAGAAAGGUAACUGGGGUCCCCAUUUGAUAAUCGUCCCUACUAGUGUGAUGUUGAACUGGGAGAUGGAGUUGAAGCGUUGGUGUCCCAGCUUUAAAAUCCUCACUUAUUAUGGAGCCCAGAAAGAGAGGAAGCUUAAGCGCCAGGGAUGGACCAAGCCCAAUGCCUUCCAUGUGUGUAUCACAUCUUACAAGUUGGUGCUGCAGGACCACCAGGCCUUUCGGCGCAAGAACUGGCGCUAUCUCAUUUUGGAUGAGGCUCAAAACAUCAAGAACUUCAAGUCACAGCGAUGGCAGUCACUGCUCAAUUUCAACAGCCAGAGGCGCUUGCUCCUGACAGGGACUCCCUUGCAGAACAGCCUCAUGGAGCUGUGGUCCUUGAUGCACUUUUUGAUGCCUCAUGUCUUCCAGUCUCAUCGUGAAUUCAAGGAGUGGUUCUCUAAUCCCUUAACUGGCAUGAUUGAGGGCAGCCAAGAGUAUAAUGAAGGGCUAGUCAAACGCCUCCACAAGGUUUUGCGGCCCUUUUUGCUACGCAGAGUUAAAGUGGAUGUUGAGAAGCAGAUGCCCAAGAAGUAUGAGCAUGUUAUCCGCUGCCGGCUUUCCAAGCGCCAACGCUGUCUCUAUGAUGACUUCAUGGCACAGACCACAACUAAGGAGACACUUGCUACAGGUCAUUUUAUGAGCGUCAUCAACAUUUUGAUGCAGCUUCGUAAAGUCUGCAAUCACCCAAACUUAUUUGACCCUCGGCCUGUUACCUCUCCUUUCAUCACCCCAGGCAUCUGCUUCAGCACUGCCUCUCUGGUGCUGCGGGCUACUGAUGUCCACCCCCUCCAGCGGAUAGACAUGGUCCGGUUUGACCUUAUUGGCUUGGAGGGUCGUGUCUCACGAUACGAGACUGACACCUUUCUGCCCCGGCACCGUCUUUCCCACCGGGUACUGCUAGAGGUGGCAACUGCUCCGGACCCCCCACCCCGGCCUAAGCCAGUCAAAAUGAAGGUCAACAGGAUGCUACAGCCAGUGCCCAAGCAAGAAGGCCGGACAGUGGUGGUGGUGAACAGCCCGCGGACACCCCUGGGACCUGUCCCAGUCCGACCCCCUUCAGGCCCUGAACUCUCAGCUCAGCUGACCCCUGCCUCAGUCCCCCCAGUACUGCCAGCACCACUCAUGGUGUCGGCCUCUACCACUGGGCCCCCACUUAUUCCAGCAUCCCGGCCCCCUGGCCCUGUUCUGUUGCCCCCGCUGCAGCCAACCAGUGGUCCCCUCCCUCAGGUGUUGCCGUCUCCUUUAGGAGUCCUGGGUGGGACCUCACGGCCUCCCAUGCCAACGCUGUCCCUGAAGUCAGCUCCACCUGCCCCAGUUCGCCUCAGCCCAGCUCCAACCCCAGGCUCCUCCAGUCUGUUAAAGCCCCUAACUGUGCCACCUGGCUAUACCUUCCCUCCUGCUGCUGCCACCACCACUUCUGCCACCACUGCCACUGCCACCACCACAACAGUGCCAGCUUCAGCCCCCGCACCACAGCGCCUCAUCUUGACUCCUGAUAUGCAGGCUCGCUUACCCUCAGGUGAAGUGGUCAGCAUUGGACAGUUGGCCUCUCUGGCUCAGCGUCCACUGGCUAGCACGGGGGGAAGCAAACCUCUCACCUUCCAAAUCCAGGGCAACAAGCUGACUUUGACUGGUGCCCAGGUGCGCCAGCUUGCUGUGGGGCAGCCCCGCCCGCUGCAAAGGAAUGUGGUGCACCUGGUGUCAGCUGGGGGGCAGCACCACCUCAUCAGCCAGCCUGCCCAUGUGGCCCUCAUCCAGGCCGUGGCCCCGACCCCUGGCCCUUCCCCUGUCUCUGUGCUGCCUUCUUCGACCCCCAGCACCACCCCUGCCCCUACUGGUCUCAGCCUUCCACUUGCUGCUAACCAGGUGCCACCAACCAUGGUGAAUAAUACAGGCGUGGUGAAGAUUGUAGUGAGACAGGCCCCUCGGGAUGGACUGACUCCUGUUCCUCCAUUGGCCCCAGCACCCCGGCCUCCAAGCUCUGGGCUUCCAACUGUGUUGACGCCACGGCCCACAUUAGCCCCUGGACGGCUACCCACAUCUGCUCUGGGUACUUCCCGGGCCCCCCUACCCACAUCUACUCUGGUGAGGCCACUUCUCAAGCUGGUUCACAGUCCUUCACCUGAAGUCAGUGCUUCAGCACCCGGAGCUGCUCCCUUGUCCAUCUCUUCCGUCACUGGGCCAGCUUCUUCUCCAAUGCCGGUUCCUAACUCCUCUCCCCUUGUUAGUCCUGUGUCCUCCACGGUCCCAGCUCCAGUCUCAUCUUCACUCCCCAUCUCUGUUUCUACCACACUUUCUGUGCCAGCUUCAGUUCCACUCACCAUUCCAAUCUCAGCCCCUUUACCUGUUUCGGCUUCGGGCUCAGCUCUGUUGACCACUGUGACUCCAACACUGGCACCUGUUGUCUCAGCGGUUCCUGGACCUCCCUCUUUGGCACCAACUGGGGCGUCCCCAUCAGCGUCAACCUUGACUCUAGGUUUGGCAACAACUCCAUCCCUGUCCUCAUCUCAGGCACCUAGUCACCCCCUGUUGUUGGCUCCCACCUCUUCACAUGUUCCAGGGUUGAACUCAGCUGUGGCCCCAGCAUGCUCACCGGUCCUGGUGCCAGCUUCAGCUCUGGCCAAUACUUUUCCGGCAGCAUCAAACCCAGCCUCAGCUCAGGCUUCCCUUCUGGCUCCAGCACCUUCUGCAUCUCAGGCUCCCAUGGCGGCUCCACAGACAGCAAUCCUGGCUUCUUCUCCAGCUCCCCUGGCUCCUCUUCCAGUCCUGGCUCCAUCGCAGACACCAAUUCCAAUCUUGGCUCCAUCAUCUACUUCAGGAACCCCUUUAGCAUCCACUUCUUCACUGCUGCCAGCUUCAUCUCCUGUGUUGGCUCCCUCAUCAACUCAGACUAUGGUACCAGCCCCAGUUCCGUCACCUCUCCCAAGCCUGGCUUCUACACAAACGCUGGCCCUAGCCCCAGCUUUAGCAUCUACUCUUGGUGGCUCAUCUUCAUCUCAGACACUCUCUUUGGGAACAGGGAACACCCCCCAGGGACCCUUUCCAGCUCAGACAUUGUCAUUGACUCCAGCUGCAUCCCUCGUACCAGCGCCAGCCCAGACACUCUCGCUGGCACCAGGGCCACCACUGGGUCCAGCUCAAACACUCUCUCUGGCUCCAGCUUCUCACACGUUGACUUUGGCUCCAGCAUCGUCAUCAGCUUCACUCCUGGCCCCAGCUUCAGUGCAAACAUUGACCUUGAGCCCACCCCCAGUUCCGGUGCCUACCUUGGGCCCAGCUGCAGCCUCAAUACAGGCCCCCACUUCCCAGUCAUCUUCCCUUGUGGUUUCGGCAUCUGGUUCCGCUCCCUUGCCUGUCACCAUGGUAUCCCGGCUGCCUCUUCUCAAGGAUGAGCCUGAGACACUGACAUUACGAUCUGGUCCCCCCAGCCCUCCCUCCAGUGCUACCUCGUUCAGUGGCCCUCGGCCUCGACGCCAGCCCCCACCACCACCACGGUCCCCUUUCUAUCUGGAUUCUCUGGAGGAAAAACGGAAGAGGCAGCGAUCUGAACGUCUGGAACGGAUUUUCCAACUUAGCGAGGCUCAUGGGGCCUUGGCACCUGUGUAUGGGACUGAAGUGCUGGAUUUCUGUACCCUGCCCCAACCUGUUGCCAGUCCCAUCGGCCCUCAUGCUCUUGGUCCCAACCAUCCUACUUUUUGGACUUUUACCGAGGCUGCCCGCAGGGCUGUUCUGUUUCCCCAGCAACGACUAGACCAGCUGUCAGAAAUCAUUGAGAGGUUCAUCUUUGUCAUGCCUCCUGUGGAGGCACCUGCCCCUUCCCUACAUGCCUGCCACCCACCUCCUUGGCUGGCCCCACGUCAGGCAGCCUUCCAGGAGCAAUUGGCCUGUGAGCUCUGGCCCCGGGCUCGUCCUUUACACCGUAUUGUGUGUAACAUGCGCACCCAGUUCCCUGACUUGAGGCUCAUUCAGUAUGAUUGUGGAAAGUUGCAAACCUUGGCAGUGCUGCUGAGGCAGCUCAAGGCAGAGGGCCACCGGGUGCUUAUUUUCACUCAGAUGACCCGAAUGCUGGAUGUAUUGGAGCAGUUCCUCACCUACCAUGGUCACCUCUACUUACGUCUGGAUGGAUCUACAAGAGUUGAGCAGAGACAGGCAUUGAUGGAAAGGUUCAAUGCAGACAAACGUAUAUUCUGCUUCAUCCUUUCAACUCGGAGUGGAGGUGUGGGCGUAAACCUGACAGGAGCAGACACUGUUGUCUUUUAUGACAGCGACUGGAAUCCCACCAUGGAUGCUCAGGCCCAGGAUCGUUGUCACCGAAUUGGCCAGACCCGAGAUGUCCACAUCUAUAGGCUUAUCAGUGAACGGACAGUGGAAGAGAACAUCCUUAAAAAGGCCAAUCAGAAGAGAAUGUUGGGAGAUAUGGCCAUUGAGGGAGGCAACUUCACCACAGCCUAUUUUAAACAGCAGACCAUUCGAGAACUGUUUGAUAUGCCACUGGAGGAGCCAUCUAACUCAUCUCUACCUUCUGCUCCUGAAGAUGAGGAAGAGACUGUGGCUAGCAAGCAGACUCACAUCCUGGAGCAGGCAUUGUGUAGGGCAGAGGAUGAAGAGGAUAUCCGUGCGGCCACUCAGGCCAAGGCUGAACAGGUGGCCGAGCUUGCAGAAUUUAAUGAGAAUGAUGGGUUUCCUGCUGGCGAGGGAGAAGAGGCCAGUCGGGCUGAGGAUGAGGAGAUGUCCCGGGCUGAGCAGGAAAUUGCUGCCCUUGUGGAACAGCUGACUCCCAUUGAGCGCUAUGCCAUGAAAUUUCUGGAAGCCUCACUGGAGGAAGUAAGUCGUGAAGAGCUCAAGCAGGCAGAGGAGCAAGUGGAAGCUGCCCGAAAGGACUUGGACCAAGCCAAGGAGGAGGUGUUCCGUCUACCCCAAGAGGAGGAGGGGCCUGGGGCUGGGGAUGAGAUUUCCUGUGGAACAAGUGGAGGCAGUCACCGGCGCAGUAAGAAGGUCAAGGCCCCUGAGAGGCCGGGAACUCGCGUCAGUGAGCGUCUUCGUGGAGCCCGGGCUGAGACUCAAGGGGCAAACCACACUCCCAUCGCGCCCCCCCAACAUACUCGCAACACCUCCACGCCGCCCCGCUGCAACCCUGCCAGGGAGCGAGCUCUCCGGCCAACUCCUAAGCCUCGACCCAAUACUGCCCCUGCUAUCCCAAUUCCAGCCCCCAUUCCCGUAUCAUCUCCAAAUCCAAUAGCCAUUCUUCCUGUCCAUAUCCCACUGCCACCGCCGCCUCUUUCUCCUUCCCAGAUCCCUCCCUCUUGUUCUUCUCCUGCCUGUACCCCCCCAACAGCCUGUACCCCCCCAACAGCCCAUACACCUCUUCUGACACCUUCCUCCCCUCUUCUACUUGGUCCAUCUUCUGUGCCUGUUUCCCCCCCAGGCACCAACCUCCCCUUGGACUUGGGGCCUGAGGUGGAACUGUGUGCACAAACAUUAGCAUCUCCUGAGUCCCUGGAGUUCACUGGCAUGUCCAGUUCCGAGACUUCCCCGCUCGCUCUUGUGUCCCCAAAGGAUCUAGUACCAGUUGCUGUUGAGGUCCUGUCUGUGUCCGAGAAGAGCCUUUCUCUAACUCCUUCUGCACCUAGCCCAACCAUGGAGGCUGAUGACAUCCUGAAUGGUCAAGAGCAGGAGGGGCCAGAACUUGCCCAGGGAACAAUUCUCACAAUGCUGCCUGCUAGUGAGGAGGUGCCCACGUGUGUGAAUGAGAACAAUGGGAUGGAGCUCCCACCCCUUGCAGCAUCUGUUGAGCCACUUCAGGAGCCAUUGGAGACUGACAGGAACUCUGAAGAGCUGGUAGAGACCCAGACUCCAAUCUCCAGCCCAGAGAAGCUGCAGGAACUUGUUAUAGCAGAGGUCACAGUUCCAUCAACCUCAUCCUCCACCACCUCCUCACCUGAGGGCCCUUCACUUGCCCGGCCCCCUCGACGUCGUACCAGUGCUGAUGUGGAAAUUCGGGGUCAGGGGACUGGUCGCCCAGGGCAGCCUCCAGGCCCCAAAGUACUUCGCAAAUUGCCAGGAAGACUGGUAACUGUGGUAGAGGAGAAGGAGCUGGUGAGACGCCGGCGACAGCAGCGGGGAACUGUCAACACCCCAGCCCCUGGGGUCUCUGAGAUAGGUGCGAACCUGGGAAGCCCAUCUAGCUGCAACCUGUCAGGGCAGGAGUCUUCACCUCUCACCAGUGAAGCUGCUCACCUAUCCACACUGCCCACCCAAACCCAGCAGCCCUUCAUAGCUCGUCGUCACAUUGAGCUGGGGGUGACUGGUGGAGGCAGCCCAGAGAAUGGAGAGAGGGCACCACCACUCGCUGUCACCUCACCUGCUGUGAAACGCCGCAGAGGGAGGCCCCCUAAAAAAAACAGGUCUCCGGCAGAUGCUGGCCAAAAGGUGGAUGAGGUGUCCUCAUCCACCUUAAAGGGAAGAACCAAUGGGGCUGACUCAACCCCUGGGGCAGAGACCCUCCUCGUUGCAGAACCUGUUGUAGGAACCCAGCUUAUUCCUGGGCCUCACCCUCUUGGACCCCAGUCACUUCACAAACCCGAGCCCAUCGUUUUGUCACCUGUGGAGAAAAGAAGACGUGGGCGACCUCCUAAAGCACGAGAUUUGCCUGUCCCUGGGACUAUUUCUUCUCCAGGGGAUGGCAAUUUGGAGAGUCGGACACAGCCGCUCCCACUAUCCUUGCCAUCCUUUCCACCACUCCUUGCCUGUCCCACUGCUACUGUCACCAACACUGUCACCACUGUCACCAUUUCAACAUCCCCACCCAAGCGCAAGCGGGGUCGACCCCCCAAGAAUCCACCAUCACCUCGCCCCAGCCAGCUCCCUGUCCUGGACCGUGACAGCUCAUCUGUAUUUGAGAGCUGUGGACUGGGGAGGCGGCAGCAACCCCAGGGCCAAGGGGACAGUGAGGGCAGUUCUUCUGAUGAAGAUGGGGGCCGCCCCCUCACCCGCCUUGCCCGCCUGCGGCUUGAAGCAGAAGGAUUGCGGGGACGGAAGAGUGAAGGGUCCAUGGUGGUAGCUGUAAUUCAAGAUGACUUGGAUUUAGUGGAGAGUGGGCCAGGCGGGUUGGAAUUGACACCUCCUGUUGUUUCGUUAACCCCAAAACUGCGUUCAACCCGGCUGCGUCCAGGGUCCCUGGUCCCCCCACUAGAGACGGAGAAGGUGCCUCGCAAACGGGCAGGGACUCUUACCCCAGGGCCUCCUGGGCAGGCCAAGCGGGGCCGCAUUCAGCCUCCAAGCCCCCUGGGGCCUGAAGGUUCUGUAGAGGAGUCUGAGGCUGAAGCCUCAGGUGAGGAGGAAGAAGGGGAUGGAACUCCACGCCGCAAGCCUGGCCCCCGCCGGCUUGGUGGAACCAACCAAGGGGACCAACGCAUCCUACGCAGCAGUGCCCCUCCCCACCUGGCUGGCCCUACCAUUAGUCACAGAGGCCGAAAGGCCAAGACGUGA